AUGUUUACAUCACGUAAAAAUAGUAGCAACCGAUCCAGCCUCAUGUUUUUUAUACCCAAUACCAUCCUAUCCCUCAGCCAUCUAGUGCCGGGCGACUGCGAACAGAAGCCUCCUUCACGGCACGGCUUUCGCCAAAUGCACGACAAGCCUCACGUCUUUUUGAGCGAGCGCAAGGGACGGUUUGUGGUGUUCAGCGGUGCUUGGGGCAGCCAACGGAGGUUGCAGCCCCGCCUGGGGAGGCGCGAUACACGUCCAGCCCUGCAGGCGCCUGGUGCUGCAAACGAGGCCCUUCUGAAGCUCGGAAGUCGCGGCCGGCUGGUACCGCACGUGACAGUGUCCCAAGAGGACGUGGCUGACCGCAUCAACGCGGUCGUAGGUUGCAG